AUGGCAAAUCGAGUAUCUAUUGGAGAUGAUUAUUGUUUGUGGCAUAAACGUUUAGGUCAUGCGUCUAAUAAGGUUGUUUCUUUACUUCCGGGUAUGAAUAAAGCUGAUUGUCAGAAAUUUCUUAAUGAACCGUGUGAUAUUUGUUUUAAGGCUAAACAAACUCGGAUUACUUUUCCUGUUAGUGAGAAUAAAGCUGAUGACUUAUUCGAUUUAGUUCAUUGUGAUCUAUGGGGACCUUAUCGUACUCCAUCUUCUUGUAGCGCAAAUUAUUUUCUUACCAUUGUCGACGAUUAUUAUCGCUGUGUAUGGGUUUGUUUAGUGGCACAUAAAACUGAGGUGGUGCAAAAUUUUCAGAAUUUUUGUGCUAUGGUGAAGACACAGUUUGAUAGACAAGUUAAGAAGGUGCGCAGUGAUAAUGGUACGAAAUUUCUUCCAUUAAUUCCUUUCUUUGCUAAAUAUGGUAUAGAAUUUCAAACUUCAUGUGUGGAUACACCACAGCAAAAUGGGCGAGUUGAACGCAAACAUCGUCAUAUAUUGAAUGUGGGGCGUGCUUUACGAUUUCAAGCAAAUUUACCUAUUCGGCUUUGGGGUGAAUGUACCUUAAGUGCUUCUCAUCUUAUUAAUCGCACACCUACUCCCUUGCUCAAUGGAAAAACUGUGUAUGAAUUGUUACAUGGAAAGUCUCCUAUUUAUACUCAUUUUCGAGUAUUUGGAUGUUUUUCUUAUGCAACUAAGGUAGGAAGACUGGUCGGUGAUUUCUGCGGAAAGUGCAAGGACGAAAAUUCUGAUGAGGUACCAGUCAGUCCAGAACGUGGCAGAACUGCAGGGAUAUCAGCUUCGGGAGACUGUACAAGACCGAAUAAGCAGGUCACUGGUGAAAGAACUACAACCGUCCCUGCUACACCUUCUCAAAACGUGACAGGUAGGGUCAUUUCUAACGGAAGUCCAAGAGUCACUACUAUACCUUCUCAAAACGUGACAGGUGGGGUUGCUUCUAACGGAAGUCCAAGGGUCACUGCUAUACCAUCACAAAACGUGACAAGGGAGGUCAAUUCUGAUGUUGUCCCAUGUGCAGAACAUUGUGACUAUGAUACUGUCCCAUGUGCUAUACCUUCACUGACGGAGUCAGACGGUGAUGAUUUUAACUCACCUGAUGGAGUAACUUCACUGGCAGGGGGGUCUUAUGAUGCAGGUUUAGUGCCUGACAGUGCACACAUACCUGACAGUAUUUCUGAUGAAGUUUUAUUGCCUUCUACCGACAGACAGGCUGCUAUCAGUGACAUUUCUGAUAAAACAGUUCGAAGAAGUAAAACAGUUCGAAGAAGUGUUCGGUCUCGGGUUCCUAAUACUCGGGUGAAGGAUUAUAUAUGUAAUAUUGUCAAAUCUAUAGACCCCGGCUCCUCCAUUUCCCACUCUUCAACGUCCUCAGAGCCUACGAGUUAUGCAGAAGUUGUUCGUCUUCCGGUUUAG